AUGGCAUCGAGUGAUGCCUGGAAUGGAUUCUGUGAGCUGGAAUCGGAACCUGCUCUUUUCAAUGUGAUGCUCCGGGAUUUCGGAGUAAAGGGGGUCAAAAUUCAAGAAGUCGUGUCGCUUGACGAGGAGAUGAUGACAUUUUUGAAUAAACCCAUAUAUGGUCUGAUCUUUCUGUUCCGUUGGCGCGAGGAUGAUUCAGAUAAGCAAGAACCAAGCUGCCCGGAGGGCCUCUGGUUUGCUAACCAGACAGCCAGCAAUGCUUGCGCUAGUGUGGCGCUUCUGAACAUCGUCAACAACAUUAAAGGUAUCGACCUUGGGGAGAAUCUACGGAGUUUCAAAGACUUUACCAUGCCGUUCACACCCGCACUGAGGGGAGAUGCAAUAAGUAACUUCGAGUUUGUCAAAAGGAUACAUAAUUCAUUCGCGAGGAAAAUGGACAUGCUUAGCUCAGACUACCAGCUUAAAGCUGAGGCUACAUCCAAGCGAAAUGCAAGUUUUCAUUUCAUUGCUUUCGUCCCUGCCUUGGGUAAAGUUUGGAAGUUCGACGGCUUAGAACGUCAACCUCAGGCGCUUGGCUCUUGCGCAUCAGACGAAGAUUGGCUGAGCCUGGUAAAGCCUGAUAUUCGUACCAGAAUGGAGGCAUAUGAAGAAGAUCAAAUAGAGUUCUCCAUUCUGAGUGUUGCUAGAGAUCCGCUCCCUGAGCUUGUCGAUCAAUUAGCUACCAACGUAAAGAGCCUAGAGAUUAUUCAAGAGCGCUUGAGCUCGAUUCACGAGAGCUCAAUUGACCUUGAAUCGACUCUGGCGGAUUCAGUAAGCGAAAAUACCAUCCUGGGGCCGGACGAAAGCUAUACGUUGACAAGGGAAUCCAUUGACCAAGUGACUGUCCAUAAAACUCAAGAGAGAGAAUACCAGACAUGCUCAGUGGAAGAACUUAUUCAUCACCGGCAGAGGCUGGGUCAUGCUCAGCAGGACCUACGAGCAGCAAUCCGAGAAGAGCAACAGUCUCAGCAGGUGGAUGAGGACUAUGCGGAAGGACGAAGAUAUGAUUAUGGCCCGGCCAUUCGAACGUGGUUACGUUUUCUAGCACGAAAAAGGCUGAUAGAGGACUUGUUGUGA